ACACACACACAUUACAUAUAUACACUACACAUAUAUUGUCUUGUACAUUACUCAAACCUGAGUAAUAUUGGCAGCGAUGAUGAUAACCAAGCUCAAACCCCAUAGCAAGCCAAGUUUCCAUCCAUGGAGCUUACCCAACUUGAGAACUGAACAGUCUAGUAAUGAGUACAUGAAGCACUUGUGCUUGCAAAAACGUUACAGAGAAGCUCUUGAGAUGUUUGACAUGAUGGAGAAAACCACAUCUUUUAGGAUAUGCCCCAGUGCUUACUCUCACUUGCUCUCUGCUUGUUCUUCUCUAAGGUCUCUCGAACACGGUAAGAGAGUCCAUAAUAAUCUUAUUUUGACGUCUAAGUUUCAACAGGACAUCGUUCUUCAUAAUCGUAUUUUGAAUAUGUAUGGAAAAUGUGGGUCUGUUAAGGAUGCCAUAAAGGUAUUUGACGCAAUGCCUCAACGAAAUGUUAUUUCUUGGACUUCAGUCAUAUCUGGGUGUUCGCAGAAUGGUCAAUAUAAUGAUGCUGUUGAGUUGUAUUGUCAGAUGCGAAGGUUAGGACAUAUGCCUGAUCAGUUCACGUUUGGGAGUGUAGCCAAAGCUUGUUCAGGGCUCAGUGAUGCUUGGUUGGGGAAGCAACUGCAUGCUCAUGUUGUUAAAUCAGAAAGUGGUGAUCAACUUAUUGCGCAAAAUGCUCUUAUUGCAAUGUACACUAAAGUUGGUCUAAUUCCUGAUGCUUCCCUUGUGUUUUCACGUAUUGUAACAAAGGAUUUGAUAUCAUGGGGUUCAAUCAUUGCGGGAUUUUCUCAACUUGGCUAUGAGUUUGAGGCUUUGCUUCAUUUCAAGGAGAUGUUAUGUCAAGGUGCUUACCAGCCGAACGAGUUCUUUUUUGGAAGUGCUUUCAGUGCUUGUAGCAGCCUCUUUGAGCCUGAAUAUGGAAGGCAGAUUCAUGGGUUGUGUAUAAAAUUUGGUUUAGGAAGUGAUAUUUUUGCUGGAUGCUCACUUUGUGAUAUGUAUGCGAAAUGUGGGUUUUUAGAGUCUGCAAAAACGGUUUUCAAUCAUAUAGACAUGCCGGAUUUAGUUUCUUGGAAUGCGAUAAUAUCAGGAUUUGCUAAUAGUGGAGACGCCAAUGAAGCCAUAGUACUCUUUAAUAAGAUGAGAUGUAUAGGGCUUAAACCUAAUGAUGUGACUGUCCUGUCAGUGCUUUCUGCUUGCACAAACUCCUGGACAAUCCACCAGGGUAGGCAAGUCCACUCGUACAUAAUUAAAAUGGGUUUUGAUUCAAAUGUUCCUGUACACAACACAUUGCUAUCUAUGUAUGCAAAGUGUUCAGCGCUUUGUGAUGCCUUUAGUGUCUUUGAAGAUAUAGAGAGUAGUGCUGAUUCGGUAUCUUGGAAUGCCCUUUUAACAGCAUGCACGCACCACAAUGAAGCUGGAGAAGUUUUCAGAUUAUUUAGGUUAAUGCUUUGCUCUCAAAUUAGACCUGAUCAUAUCACUUUAAGUAAUGUUAUUACAGGUUGUGCUGUAAUUAUAUCUUUGGAGGUAGGGAAUCAAGUUCAUUGUUUUUCUAUAAAAAGUGGGCUUGUACUAAAUGCUUCUGUCAUCAAUGGAUUAAUUGACAUGUAUACAAAGUGUGGUACACUUGGAACUGCUACAAAGCUAUUCAAUUCAAUGGAAAGUCCUGAUGUAGUCUCAUGGAGUAGUUUAAUCGUGGGUUAUGCUCAGUUCGGAUAUGGAAAGGAAGCUCUUGAACUCUUCAGAAAAAUGAAAAGUUCGGGAGUAAAGCCAAACGAAGUUACUUUUGUUGGGGUUCUUACUGCCUGCAGUCAUGUAGGAUUAGUAGAAGAAGGACAAAACAUCUAUAGAACAAUUGAAAUCGAGCAUGGGAUUUUACCAACUAGAGAGCACUGUUCUUGUAUGGUGGACUUGCUUGCUCGUGCUGGACGCUUACAUGAAGCAGAGGAAUUUAUCAAGCAAAUGGCAUUUGAGCCUGACAUUGUGGUGUGGAAGACUCUCUUAGCUGCCUGCAAAACUCAUGGGAAUUCUGAUAUAGGAAAACGGGCAGCAGAGAACAUUAUAAAAAUUGAUCCCUCUAAUUCUGCUGCUCAUGUUUUACUUUGCAACAUACAUGCUUCUUCUGGCCAUUGGGCAGAAGUAGCUAGACUGAGGAGCUUGAUGAAAGAAAGGGGUGUUAGAAAGAUUCCAGGUCAGAGCUGGAUCGAAGUUAAGGGUAGAACCCAUGUGUUUUUAGCUGACGAUACUUUGCAUCCAGAGAGGGACAAGGUAUAUGAAAAGCUUGAGGAAUUGUGGUUGCAGAUGUUGGAUGAAGGUUGUGAUCCACUCUAAGGCAUAGGCUUUUUACAGCAAAAGAAGUUUCACUGAAACCCCAAAGCCACUCGAGCACUGACCAAGUGCCAGCCUCAAUGAAACUAAACUGCCUCUUACCGCUGGCUAUGAUCAUGACAGGUGUUUCCCUACUUUGGAUUUCGUUCAAGGGAAGGGGCUCUACGUUUGCAGCAACCAUGAUCACAAUAUGCUCAAUUACUGGACAACUUUGUUCAAAGAGAAAAGGCACUAGUGGCACCACCUAAAUUGUCGUAUUGCUAUUAGAAUUAUUAGGUAUCAAAUCUCACAUAAAAUAUUACUAACCAUUUACAAAAUAUCUUUAGGUGGUGAUAGGUACUACUAGUGCCUAAUAACAUGCACUUGUUCAAAAUCCUAAGUAGAGUGUAAGUCUACUAUUUAAUUGAAGUAGAAAUAGGUGUUGCUAGUAUAAUAGUAUGUUAAAGUUGUUCAAAAGAAGUUAAAGAUUAAAAUCCUUUGGUUCAUUUUCCAAUGGAGCUAGCGGUGCAUUGCCAUAGUUAAACAAAAUGAAGCUUUACUUGUUUUGUAAAAAGUGUGUUUACAUGCUAUAUUUGGUCAAAUUUAGCACAAAUUAUAACAUAAAUAAAUUAACACAUCAAUAAAUAUUACUUUUUUUGUUUA